ACACUUAAGUGAUAACCACAGACCAGCUUGGUGUGACACGCUCUUCCACUCUCUCCUCCGAGGAGUCCCGUCAAAAUCUUGUACUUUUGUUAGUCCGGUGAUCAUCCUUCCCUUCAAAGAAUCCUGUGAUCAACUUGUUCUUCAGUGAUGUGAUCAAUCUGUUCAAAAAAGUCUCCUGAUCAACCUAUUCUUCAAAGAGUUCUGUGAUCAACCUGUUCUUCAAAGACUAGUGUGAUCACCCUCAACUCUAAAUAGUUCUGUGAACUACCAAAUAUGGAAAUAGUUCUGAGAAGUACCCUUACUCCAAAUUAUCGCGUGUAAAGCCCUGCAGUCAAACGUCUCUCUACCAACAAACAACGUUUCUCCUUAAAAAUGUGUGACAAGCAAGCAGAAAAGGCAGUCAAUGGCAGGCAAGCAGAGAAUACAGUGAAUGGCAGGCAAGCAGAAGAGGCAGUAGAUGUGAAGCAGGUAAAAGAGGUGACUGAGGCUCCACAAAAAACAUAUCGAAAUCUCAUCACAGAGUCGCACGUCAAACAAGCUCUGAAGGCACAACAAGGCAGCAGUGCACAGCUGCUCUCAUGGACUGUUACAGACUUCACUAACAAGGGUGACAACUACGCAUGCGUCGUGACAAGUGUAGAUGUUUGUUAUCAUAAAGAAGGAAAUGACAGAAAAACCUCAUUUGUAGUGAAAUGUAAUCCAUGUCGGGCCCUCUCAAUAUUCAAUGAAUUUUCGACUGCAGUUUUUCAGAAGGAGGCGGGAUAUUACCUGGAACUUUUGCCCUUAUUCAACGCUCAGCUCAGUCGUGGAGGAUGUGAACCAAUACGGGCUCCUCACUGCUAUUUUGCUCACUUGACUGAACAAGAGGAAGUUAUAUUCCUUGGAGAUUUGCGCCCGGAAGGUUUCAAAAUGUUUGACCGCAUGAAAGGAAUGGACAAGGCCCACGCUGUCCUUGUCCUCAAGGAACUAGGUAAACUUCACGCUGCCUCUAUCUUAUGUCAAAAAGAAACAUCAGUAGUUUUAGAAGAAAAAUACACAUAUAUUAAGAAAGACUUUCAGUCUAUUAUUGGAGAUGUCGACUUUAAGAAAAUGCUUACUUCAGAAGUCGAGAAUUCAGCAGAGAUAGCAGAGAGAAUCGGUGGGUACAAAAAAGUUGUUGACUGGCUGAAAGACUUUGCACCAAGUAGCAGCGAAGUCUUCCUGGAACAAAUAAAGAAGAGUCCUCCCUUUGAUGUGCUUUGUCAUGGUGACUGCUGGAACAACAACAUCUUGUUCAAGUACGAUGAGACAGGUGUCCCGGUCGAUGUAAGACUGCUGGACUUCCAAAUCAGUCGCAAAGCUUCGCCAGCCACAGACCUCAACUACUUCAUGUACACCAGUUUCAAUGGUCCUGAAAGGAAGGACAAUUUGGAAACUUUCUUGAAUGUUUACUAUGAGUCCUUAAGAGAGGUGCUGGAGGCAGGAGGAACCAAAGCUGAGUUUACAUCUCAGGAACUACGAGAGGAAUAUCACAAGAAGAACUUGUUUGGUUUGAUAAUGGGAAUGAUGGUUGUACCUGUUGUGGUGAGUCAGGCAGCGGAGGUGAUGGAUCUGGAUGAUAUAACUGAUGGAGACAUUGAAACGCUUGUAAAGGAGCAAAGGGAAAGGAUGUUGAAACAGCUAGAUAGUAAUCCACUUCUGCGACCUCGACUUCUCUCUAUAUUUGAUGAGAUGUUAGAAUAUGGAGUAAUAUCUUAGAUGAUAAUCUUACACAGAUCUUGUUACAGAGUUAUGGAACAUAUAAUAUUAGCAAUAGUUAAAGAUUGUUGAAUGAAUGUCUAUGAGGGAAGAAAUUAUGUAUAUUUAAUAUUUUAUAAAUUCUAAUUCAAAUUAAUAAUUUUUUUCCACAUGAUACGUUGUUUGUACAAAAAUAAAUAACACUUGAUAACGCGUGUAGAAAGCCCAUUGUUAUGCAGAGUAUUUCGGGCAAACUUAAGCCUAAAUGAAGAUUACAUGGGCUUCAGGGAGUCCCAAAAGUUUAGAAAAUAUGGAGAACUUGCCCAUAUCAGGGUAACUAGGGGUCCAAGGGCAGCAAGGCAUGCUAAGCGUUCUAGUGGUACACUCUGUAAUCACAAUUUUACUACAUGUAAACCAAACAAUAACCAAAUUUCUGUAAACUCAGCAUUGUAAUCCUUAUAGAGAAUAAACUUUGAAUUGAAUUGAA